AGACCUCCCCCUUCCUCUCGGCGGCACUAAUCACCCCCCAUACCGAAACGCGCAUCAUAGCGUCUGAUGUGGAAUUUCCCCCCUUUUUAUGCCGUUUAAAAGCCCCGCACUGAAGCGCCCGCACCGAGGCAGCGUUGAUCUCAACGAUGUAGCGUCCUGUGCAGGCGAAAGGACAAUAAGAGAGGGCAGGAGUUGCAUGUGUUGUCAAUGGGAAACCUGGUGGGCAGCUGGCGUUUCAAGGAGCCGAGCACCGUUGAGGAAUGCGACUCGACGUGGGGAUCGGACUCGGAGAGCGAUGAGCCGACGGCUGAAGACGACAGCGGCAUUUCUGACUCCGUCAGCCCGGCGGAGAGCGAGCGGGCCGCGGGACACAGCGGGGACGCUGCCCUGCAGCUGACUGACUCCCCAGAGUCUGCUCCGAGGAUGAAGAGGAGUUUUUACGCCGCCAGGGAUCUCUACAAAUACCGUCACAGCUACCCAAACUUUAGAAAGUCCCGGCAGCCCAACGAAUAUCGGAACCUGCGCUUCUACAUGAACAAGAUCCCCCUGGUGCCCGAUGGUAUUUACAUCGAGGAGAUUCUUUCAAAGUGGAGAGGUGACUACGACAAACUGGAGCACAAUCACACCUACAUUCAGUGGCUGUUCCCAUUAAGAGAACAAGGGCUCAACUUCUACGCACAUGAACUGACUCAGGAGGAGAUCAAAGAAUUCCAAAGCACUCGGGAAGCAAAGCGGAGGUUCCUGGCGGCCUAUUCCAUGAUGCUGGAUUUUUAUGGCGUCAAACUGCUAGAUAAAAGCGGCAACGUCGCUCGGGCCCCCAACUGGCAGGAACGCUUCCAGCACCUUAAUGAAUCCCACCACAACUACCUGAGGAUCACCCGCAUCCUGAAGUCCCUUGGUGAGCUCGGCUACGAGGCGUUCAAGGCCCCGCUGGUUCGCCUCUUCCUGGAGGAGUCGCUGUGCAGCGGCACGCUUCCCAACAUGCAGCACAGCGUGCUGGAGUACUUCGUCUACACCAUCCGCCUCCCGGCCACGCGGCGACGCCUGCUUCGGUUCGCUCGCAAGCACUACAGGCCCGCCCACGCCUUCCUCUGGGGGCCGCCGUCUAAGAAGGGAGCCUGCAGCGGCGGCGGCGGUGGUGGUGGCGUUGGCGGCGGGAGCAGCGGGAUCAGAGCUCCUGCUCCCACACCGGAGCACCACAGGAGGGGGGAGGAGAACACAGCAAGUAGCCGGAUCAAUGUGUCUUCCCAUGAUGCCAUAAUGUGCCAGGACCUGGUAGGAGGAGGGAUUAAGGGCUUCCCGGACCUCGGUUCUUAUGAAGCCGGGUUGUCAGGGCAGCUGAUGCUCAUUAGCGGGAGAAGAGAGAGGAGUGAGUUCAGCUAGGCUUCUUCCUUCUGAGAGGAAACUGCAAAAACUCAAAAUAUUACCUGGUUUCUAGUGAAAUUAUCAGGGGUGCACCGACUGCAGUAUACUGGCCGAUCGCCGAUUACAGAUCUUUUACCCUGCCGAUUCCGAUUUUGACCGAUAAUUUGUUUUGUCUGAAAUGUCGCUAAAUAUAGCAAGAGGGAAAGUCACAGCGUUAGUACUUGUGGGGUGAUUAUUGUGAACAUGCAGACAUGACCUGGUGGGCCGGUCUGUCAGUCAAAGAUGUUCAGACUUUUGCCAAGGUAGAUGAGAUUAGUGGAUAAGAUCAGCUCACAUGUGAAAAUCAGCCGAUCAAUGAUCUCCCAAAAUUAAGGAAAUCAAAACCAGUAAAUCGGUUCUCCCCUAGAAAAUAUCUUAGUAAACAUCAAAUAAGACAAAACUCAACUUUUCAGCUGGAUAUACGAGUUUGUUUUAAGUAAAUGUUGUUCAUUUCAACGAAGGUACUUGUUCUACUGGGAGAUUUUCACUUAUAAAAUUGGAAAAAUAUUUAGUUAUAAGUUAAAUAAUCUCCCAGUAAAUAAUAAUAAUAAUAAUAAUAAUAACAUAUUAUUGACUUAAGUCAAGCUCCUACAUUUUGCAAAAACGCUACUUUUAAGUUGGUUUGUCUUAUUUCAAGUGUACUAAGAUAUUUGCACUAGAAACUAGACCAGAAAUACUUGAUGGUUUUUUGUGUUUUUGCAGCGUAUCAGAUACUCAAACCCAGGAAGACAUCAAUGAAACAUUUUAACUAAUAAACAUGGGAUUAGAAUCAAUUCAGGUUAAGGGCUUAGAAAUUAAUUGCAAAACAGGUUACACAUAUUUAGGAUUAUAAUGUCUUUUUUUUUUAUUUAGCUUCUGAUUACUUUUCAAAAUCAUUCAUACCAGUAGAGACAAUGUAUUACUUUUGUCUAAAGGACUGUACUUUUAAUAAAAGAAAAAUGGGGGAGAUGUUUGCCUUAUACUGAUUUACUUUGACGCCAACAUGGAAGGCAAAUAUUGUUAAAUAGACAAAUGAACAGAGUUUUGUUUGUGCGUCAAAAUCUGGGGAAAAGAUGAGCAAUACUUUGAAAAUGUUUUUAGAUCGACCUAAGAGCCUCAUUUCUGUUGAUAUCAGAUAAAACUGUGUCUACUCUGUGAUUUUUACUGUUUCAGCUGAGAAGGAAAGAGAAAAAUGAACCUUUGAGAAGCGAUUUAAAAAAAAAAAAAAAGAAUUGAAAGGCUUUGGGUGGCAUACAGACAGUAAUCACACGUCUGAAAUGUGAUUCUGUCUUUGUCAGGUUCUAAAUUAAAUCUUAUCUCAAGUGUAUAAACACAUUUAAUGAAAAUAUUUCAGAGAUAUAACGGCUUAUAGAUAAUUUGCCUCUCUGUGCUUUAUUGCCCUCCCUGGUACAGAUGUGUGAAAACCCCUGGUAUAAAUACUUUUUUUUUAUUGCAGCAGCAUAAUAACACACUUAAAUAUGUAGAAGAAUCUAACGUAUAUGAGUGCCUUCAGGAAUCUUUUUCUUUUAACAAAUUUCUUGAGAUUUCCACAGAUAAAGGUAAAUUAUGUGUCUGCUGAACUAUUUUCUCUGUUGCCUUUUCCAAAUGUUUUGGAAAAUGUUCAAGUCUUCUGGCAGCUCCCAUCAGCUCCCAUACGCUGUAGCUUCCCAAGGCUUUUAAAAUAAAAACAGGCCCACAGCAUUACGGGUCCUCCACCGUACUGGACAAUGUGUGUGAGGGGAUUUUCCAGACGUCUGUCCCCCGUUUCAUGGAGUGUUUGUUGCAGGAAAAACUCCACCUUGAUCUCGUCUGACCAAAAUCAAACAAUCCCAGUUAAAGUCCCGCAGUAGCAAAUGGCAAAAGUUCACAUUUGUGAUGGUAGGAGAG